GGACGUCGUUGACCUUCUUAUAGGGGCAUCAACUUGGAUCUCUAUCUCUUGUCAUCUCUCCAAAGCUGCGGCCUAGGUCGAUAGAUCCAAGGGAUGGAAGCUCGUCCUUGUCGUCGGCCAACAGAGACUCAUCCCGACGGCCGGAAGUCAAGGUAGCCCACCUCCCGGUUGCGGCUCCCACUCGCGAAUAGGGCUUGAUCCGAUUGACAAAUAUCCAUAAAAGCUGACUUCCAACAAUCCCGCCCAAGCGGACCCGAGCGCUUCGGCGUGCAGGAAAAGGGAGGCGGGAGAUCGAAAGCUAAGAAAACCGUGCGAAGCCUCCCUGAUACCUCCAAACAAACAACAAUACCCCCAGAUUCAUCGGACAUCUGACCAAACAAUACAAAAACCCGAAACCCCGAAACAUGCCCCAGACUUUCGACUUCCUCGUCGGCACGUUCGACACUCCUGAGCUCUACACACUGAGAUUCACCUCUCCCGGACGUUUGGAAGACCGUGAAGGGGCGGGCAAACUCGAAAUACUGCACCGCACCCCUGCCAUCGGGUCGCACUCGUGGCUUCAUCUCUCCCCACCCAAAGAGGACGGGACGCGGAAUCUCUACGCCACGGCGUGGACAGAGCCCCCCGCCGUGGCCGCUUAUGUCGUCAAGUCCCCGACAGACAUCCAGCUCCUAGGGAGUGCCCAGACUCGAUCUCGCAGUGGUUACGUCACGGCGAGCGACAUAGCUCUGUAUUCGGCCGGUGGAGGCACAGGAGAAGUGUUUAGCCUGGAUCCGAAAACCGGGAACAUUAUCGCCCCUCUAAAGUCUGAGGACGCUCAAGUGAAGUCCGAACAUGUUCGAGUGAAUGGCGUUCGGGGCGGGAAUCCCUCCGAGAUCCAACCACUGCAACUUCUUAGUUUUGUGGACGAAGAGGGACAGCGUGAUGAUGGCAGUGUCAUGGACUUUGGAGGACUUCGCCACGGCGCCCACUCCGCAGAUCUCUCGCCCGAUGGCCGAGCUCUUUACGUUGCCGACAUUGGGCGAAACUGUAUCUGGACAUUCUCGGUUGACCCUAAGACGGGAAAACUAGCGCUGGGAGAGAAACACAUCUCGCCUGACCCUCACGAUGGACCGAGACACGCCUGGCCUCACCCGAAUGGGAAAAUCGUUUAUUGCUUGCAAGAACACAGUUUCAGGGUGGAUAUCUUCUCUGCCACGAACCACGGCGUGAAUCUAGUGCAUGAAGAUGGUGUUAACAUCGUUCCUGCUGGGACUGGAAGCAUAGGAUACUGGGCUGACGAAGUACGGACGAGUCUCUCCUCAGGGGACAAACCGAAGUAUUUGUACGCCAGUACACGAGCACUGAACAAGGGGGACAAGGGAUAUGUCGCAGUUUAUAAGUUGACCGAUGAAGGUGUGAUCGACGAUUCAUUCCCACCUCAUUCCACCUGGAGAAUACCAAUCCGACACCCCACCAAGGACUCGGACUGCGGAUGGAAGCCGUUCUUCCGUGGCUUGCAGUAUUUGUGGGAGACACCUACGAGUGGCGGCUGGGCGAAUGCAAUCCAACCCGGUCCAACCGUUGAUGGAGUCGAGUAUCUUGCCAUGACGGAUAGCGAGGAAGGAUUUGUGUUUGUGUUGGGCUGGGAUGGCGAGGAAUUCAAAGAGGUUGCGAGGACGAAGCUCCCCAACGGUGCGGGAGCAGCGACAGCAGUUUGGCUGUGAAUCGAAGCGUUGAUGGGAGAUGUGGACGACAGCGCGAGAUGCGGGAUGAGGCUGUGAACGGAGGAGAACGAGAGGCACGAAAAACGAUCACGGCUCCUGGUAAAACGGAUAUAUGCAUUGUUCUAGACAACCACGACUUUCCUUUCCGCCGAAUCGAGACCCGGAGCCACCGAGUCGAACGGGUCCUCUGCACACGUCGACAGGGUUCCUGUAGGCUCUGAACCAAGCUAGGGGCCAUGCAGCCCCGGUAGCUCAGAUAUGCGAGGCUCGUUAAUAAGGCCUCGUUGGAGUUUAGCUGGCGGAGCAUCGCCGCGGACAACUAAAGGAGGCCCAUCUGACGGGGGCCGGCCAGCCACACCAGCUUUGUCAAGUGUUUGAUAGCGAGGGACGAAUUCAGCGAGCACAUAUAUGGCACGGAAGGCUUUAGACGUCGAAGGCGAUCUGGGCAACGGGAAGAACGAACCGCUCUGACGAGGCUGCAUGGGAUAUAACACGCGAGGGCAGCUUCAUAUAGAAUACCUAUUACCUAGUAGAUAGAUACUCUCCACA